AUGGACAAUGAAUAUCAUCAUCCUCUUUUAUAUAAACAUGCUUCAAUAACUUUAUUUGAAAGUUAUGUUGCUAUUGAAAAAUUUAUUAUUGACACGCGUUUAUCAUAUAUUGAUCAGUAUAAAUUAUUUGAUUUGUUAAAAAAAUUAUUACCAAAUGAAGAUAAUAAACUCACGAGCCAAGGAUUUCUUUCGUGGCUUGUUUGGCGUGUUGACCAACAUGAAGAACGACAACAGGAACAUCAUGAAGUAGUGCCCGAUAAAAGAUCGCAUCAUGAUAGAAUGAUAUCCGAGAAUGUAUCUGCUAAUAAACGAGUGAAAACAAAUCGAACAUCGCAAAUAGAAGAACAUAAUGAUGCUAGUUUAACUCAAUAUGCUGAACGUCACUUAGAGCAAAAUAGGAAUGAAUCAUCAGAUAUACAACAACAAAUAGAUCGUUUACAAUCUAUUGUUCUUCGUCUUGCUUCUAAUAUAGACACAAUUAAUCAACAAUCAGAUACUACACCUUCUCCGAUUGUGUACGCGAAACCCAAUAUAAAACAUGAGCAAAUGGAGGAUAAUGAACCAUCGGAACUUGAAGUCGAAGAGGAUCAUGAUGACGAAACAUCAGAUCAUAAUCAUUGCUUCAAUUUUCCUGCAAGCACAUCAACAAAUAUAUCAUUUCCUCCGAAUCCAAUGUCAACAAAAACUAUAAUGUACAAAGGACGAAACAUGAUGAAACAUCUUCGGCCACGAACAACUUUAACUAGUUUUGCACGCCAUAUUGCCAGUGAUCUUUUUUCCCGAGAAGAAAUUAUGGGAAAAUUGCACGUGGACCAUAAUAAUGAACGUGAUAUUUUUCUUCGACAUUGCAUUUGUACAGCAUGGAAUUUAACUGAACAAGAGCUUUAUUCAAUUUGGCCGAAAAUUCGAAAUGCGCUUUUACAACUUCGCCGGGAUGCUAUCGCUGGUAAAUGUAUUCGAAUGAAUAAGAAAAUGAAACAGCAAGAACAAGACUCAAAUCCGAAUCAUUGUAAUAGCGAAUAUGAAGAUGACGAAAGUCAAAAUAAGUCCGAUUUGUGUAAUUAA